AUGUCUCGCGAGAGUAACGCUACGAGUUUACAAUGUGUAAUAACUGCGUGCAAACGUGAAGCAAAUGUUUUGUGUUAUUGUUGUAAAGAAAAUCUCUGUCGAAAUCAUUAUAAUGAACAUGAUUUUAUUAAUUCAAAACUCAAUCUUCUAAUUAAUGAAAUCGAUACUUUCGAUAGGCAAUUGUUGGGAAUUGAUUUGAGAAAGUAUAUUCAAAGUUCUACUGAAAAACUUCAUCAAUGGCGUCUUGAUAGUUAUAAACAGAUUGAUCAAUAUUGUGAACAAAAAUAUCGAGAAAUUGAACAACAUUUACUGAAAGUGAUCAAUGUAAAACGUGAAAAUCUUGAAGAACUUCGUAAAAAUAUGCUUGGACUCGUUCAAAAACGUAAAUUGACACUUGAACUUAUUGAUGCAUUAUCGUCAGAUCUUCGUUCAAUGGAAACGGAACUUACUGGAAUUGAUCUAAAAUAUCUUUCGAUUCAAACAUCGCCAAUAACAUUGGAGCGAGAUUUAAUUCAUAUUAAUGAAUUAUCAAUUGAAGAUUUUGAUGUUGGUUCAUUAUCAUCAGUAUUUAAAACUAUUGACUAUACAAGAAAAGGUGUAUAUCCUGUAGCAAGUAAUACUCAAUGUUUAUUAAUACAUCAUGAACCAGAUUUAUGUUUGAUGGAUCGAAAUUUUAAGAUCACCAAGCAAACAUUAUGGAACCAUGGACAAAUUGUUGAUGCUUGUUGGUCGUCGGCAUUAGGAAGAUUUUUUCUCCUUACACUUAACCAAAUUUAUAUUUUUGAUGUUGAUACAAUGUCUAUUGAACGUGUAGAUGCCACACAAAAAUUGCAAUGGCUUUCUUGUGCAUGUUCAGAUGCAUCUUUGUUCUUAUCGACAAAUGAAAAGGGUUCGUCAAUAUGCGAAUUCAAUCUAUUGAAUUCAUUGCAAGCAGCUAAACGAUGGGAACCACCGGAUACAUGUUCUUCAGAUGAACGUAUUCUUGAUAUGGCUUAUAAUAAAGGAACGCUUCUUUUAUUGAUUGGAAAUUCACUAGCCGAAAAAACUCGUGUAGAAUUACGAUCAUCAGCGAGAUUAGAUCGUAUAUGGUCACUUCAAUUAGAUAUUGUUUAUCAAGCAAAAAUACUUCGUUGUUGUUUACUCCAUUCUGAUCAAUGGUUGAUUAUUGAUGGUAAUACAUCGCGUCUUUUUCAAAUAACCAUGGAUGGUAAACUUAAAUCUACAUGUUAUUAUAAUCCAACACCUUGUUCGGCUUGUCUUUUUGGUUUCGAUUUAUUAGCUAUUUCAACGGUUCAUGGUGUCAAUCUGCAUAAACUUUAA